CCGCCCCCCAACGGCUUGCCGUUUGUUCUGUCGGCAGCAGCAGCCGCCAGAGGUCGCUUCGGGAGCUCCUCCCCCCUUCGGCCACCUCAGCACCACCACAAGGCUACGACAAGCCAGCUGAGCGCGGAAGGCCCCGCUGCUCGCUGACGGGGAUGCUGCGGAGAGGCCCGGGGGAGCCAUGGACCUGGACGAAGCCUUUGAGUUGGUGGGGGAAUUCGGCCCCAGGCAGAAGCGACUCACCGCGUUCCUAGUGCUGCUGCAGGUGUUUGUGGCCUUUCAAUCUAUGCUUAUUGUGCUAGUGGGAGCCGUGCCAGAAUAUCAUCUUGAUCUGGAGGAGAUUCCAGCUAGUAGAGAAGUUCUUGCAAAACAUGUCAGGUUUGCCAGUAACUUCACAUCCAUAGCAACAGAGUGGUAUUUAAUCAAACAUGAUGCGUAUAAGGUGAGCCUGGCAGCAUCCUUGUACUUUGCUGGGUUGCUUAUUGGAAAUAUAAUGUUUGGUCCAUUGUCUGAUAAACUGGGCAGGAAGCCUGUGUAUCUAACAGGUAUUUUCUUUGAUGUGAUUUUUGGGUAUGUCUCAGCAUUUGCUCCAAACUAUGAAAUUUUUGCAAUAUCACGUUUUUUUGUUGGGAUUACAAAUGGUGGUAUGUCUUUAGUGUCUUUUGUUUUGACACAAGAAUACGUAGGAAAAUCCUUCUGGGCAUUGACAGGCUCGUUAACAAAUUUGACAUUUGCAGUUGGUAUAGCAAUUUAUGCCUUAUUGGGUUAUUACAUAAGAGAGUGGCGUUUUCUUGCCUUCAUCUCAAAUUCCCCAGGACUUUUCUUUUUUCUUCUCUCUUUUAUGCUUCCAGAAUCACCAAGAUGGUUAUACUCCCAAGGCAGAACAGCAGAAGCAGAGAAUGUGCUACAAUAUAUAGCCCUUGGUAAUGGAAAAGAAAGGCUGUCUGUGAAACUGAAGCAGUGCAUAGGAGCAGUAAAAAAGGAUGAUUCAGAAUCUGGUGUCCUAAGCCUGGUUAAACACCCAGUCCUUCGGUGGCGCACUGUCAUCUUGAUGUAUAUCUGGUAUGUGUGCAGCCUUGUCUAUUAUGGUUUAACGCUGAAUGCUGGUGAAUUAGGAGGAAACCUGUAUCUAAAUGUGGCUCUUUCUGGCCUUGUAGAAGUUCCAGCAUUUCCACUCUGUAUAUUCUUCAUUGAGAAAUCUUGGUCAGGAAGACGUAAAAGUACAACUGCUUUUUUGAUAUUUGCAGGCAUUGCCUGUAUAUUUACUAUGUGCUUACCAGAAAAUAGAGGGGGAUUUUUCUUCAGUCCCAGCAUCUUAGCUUUAUGUGGGAAAUUGACUGUAAGUGCUGCCUUCAACAUCAUAUAUAUUUACACUUCCGAGCUCUAUCCAACAGUAGUGAGAAAUGCUGGCUUAGGUGUAUGUUCAAUGACUUGCAGAUUUGGUGGUAUUUUGGCUCCAUUUGUCCCUUCUCUAAAAACCCUUGGUCCAUCUGUACCAUUUGUGGUCUUUGGAAUCAGUGGAUUAUCAGCUGGUUUCCUGACUCUUCUACUUCCAGAAACUCUGAAUAAACCAAUUGCAGAGACCAUUGAAGACUUGCAGACAUCUACUUAUCAAAUGCUUAAAAACAAAAAGGCAAAGUAAAUCAGUUAGAAGAAAACAGUUAGUAUUGCAAAAACCAAAUAUUGGUCGAAAUGACAACGGUGCUUCCAUUGUUGAGAUGUGGUGCCAUCAAGAUUCAAGUCAAAAAGUAUUUUGGGAUUUCCAGUAUGCUCAAUAAUGUGAACAUAAAUUGUGAAGGGGGAAGUGGGCUAUAUAAACUCAUAAAGACAGAGGUGAAUUAUUUAUCUUAAACUGCCACACUUUAAAUGUUCUUUCAGAAUUACUGGGUGAUUUAUAUUUUUAGUAACAAAAGGAAUAAUCCUAUACUGAUAAGAUGGCUACCUGUGAAGUGUUAAAAUUAUUGUGGAGGUUGACUGUAAUCCUAAACACAAGGGCAAGAAGGAAGUAUUGGUGCAUCUGUGUUUUUGCUUAUUUAAAUGGGCUCAGGAUAUUGUUACACGCUGCUUCUUAAGGUAUCUUCAGAUUCGAGGACUACAGGCCAGCCUGCAAUAUUCAGGCAUGCAUGAGUUACUUUUUACAGACGGCAUGAUGCCAAUAUUUUUAUAUUAACAUUAUAAGAUGAAUGUUUCCCAUUAUUUAGAAAGACUUUUGUUACUCUUUCGGUUGCUGUAAUGAGACUUAUCUGACAUAUUGUUUAAAUAUGCAGCAGUACAGAUCUGCUAUAGGAAACAAGUAAGUACUGAAUUACCAAAACAGAUUUUGUGUGAAGCAGGUAUCAGUGGCUAUAUGUGUAGGAUGGCAAAAAAAGUGUUGUAUAAGAUUGGAUACAAAUGUGCUUUUCUAUCUAGAGGAAGUGUCUUCCAUUCAGAAGGGCUGUUGUAUAGCUCAAAACUCUAAUACAAGGUGGAAAAGUGCAGGAAAAUCCAAAACUGUUAUUCUGUUUGCGCAAGAGUUUUACCCCCUCUUGCUCAAACAGAAGCAUGGAAAAUACAGUAGGGCCCCACUCACACAGCAGGUUACGUUCCAGGCCCCUGUCGAAAAGUGAAAACCACUAGAAAGUGGGGCCCUACUGUAUUCCAGCCGCCGUGCUCCAGCUGAUAGCAAUCAAAUGGAGCGUGCAAGCUCCCCACGCUCCAGCUGACAGCGAUCAGCUGGAGCGCACGAGCUCCCCGCACUACAGCUGAUCGCACCAUCAGCUGGAGUGUGGGGAGCUCCAGCCACCAUGCUCCACCUGACAGUGAUCAGCUGGAGUGUGCAAGCUCCCCGCACCCGCUGGCACCACCAUAUUAGCGGAAUGCCAAAAAGCGGGGUCCUACUGUAAUAUAGACACUGUCUAUAGCAUUGCAUGAACUCUUGUACAAGCUCUUUGCAGAAUUGCAUUGAUGCCUGUUUUCCUUCUACUAAUGUUUUUUUUUAAUCCAACCCUAAAAGUAUUUUGCAUGUUAUGACAUCAUAACAAGGGAAUGUUUUCAUUUGACCCUUUAUUUAUAGGAGAACACCAAGGGUUAAAAUGGUAUUUUGAUAGCCUGUUGAAAUCUAGGCCAACAGUCGGCAGUUUGUAGUAUUCAAGCAGACUGCUGUCAACCUGUCAAAUCACAUUGGUGGCUGACAAAGACUCAACUGACAGAUCUACAUUUACAGUAUGUUUUCAGGGUCAACUUUUAAAGGUCAUUCUAAGUUUAGCACAACAGUAACAACUAACCCAACUCCUAACAUAUCUUGCUUACUAUUGCUUAAAUAUCUAUUUAUUCAAAUGCCCUGUUUUAGCACUUGGAUAGUAAAGUGGAGAAACUAUUACGGUUUUGUGGGAUUUUUGUUUUUCAUACAUUUCUUUCUGUCUGUCUUUUUUUUUUUUUAGUUCUGGAACACAGUUGACCAAACUGUUCCUACAUGUUAUUGGGUAUUUCAUUCAUUUCUGUUAGUGUUCCUGUCCAAACAGGAGAAAAAAGAUGGUAGACCAAUUUUUAUAUGGAAUAUUGCUUAUAAUGGAAAGCUUUACAAGUCUAUAUUUUUGUAAGAAAAAAUAAUGCUCCUAUGGAAGCAAAAGUGAGUUGCUAAGAUAAUUCAGAUAAUAUUAUUAAUAUUAAGGUAAUAUUACUGCCACAUAAUGAAAUUGUUCUCAUGUCAAAUACAUUAUAGAUCUAUAUUUAACGGGACUGUUUUGCCCACCUUUUGUUCCAAUUAUGUUGGAAAUGGCUAAUAAAAAUGCAUUUAAUG